CAGUUACUCAAUGUGGUCAAACAAAAGCUGACAGCAGGGAAAAUGGCGGCUAGAAAGCGGAGUGUGGUGUGGUCCUUUUUUCAAGACGACUUGAGUUCGAAGAGUGCAGCUUGCAUACUAUGUGCGGAGAACAUACAACACUGUGGCAACACCACAAACAUGCUAAAGCACUUACGAUCAAAACACCAGGAGGAACUUACUAACACCACAAGGAGAAGACGGUUCGGUGAUGUAACCAGAGGGCCGAUGAGCCAGCUCGAGCCAAAACAGACUGAUGAUAUAACCGAGAACAACGCAGAAAUGCAUAUGUCUGAAAUGGACGAUCAGCAAACGGAGCAGGAGCCUUUAGAAGGGAACGAGGAGAUGGGUAGGGCCAUCAGUGACGGCUUUAACGGAGCCCUCGCCUUGUCUGUGACGAAAAACAGAAAGCGCAGCGCCGUAUGGAGAUAUUACCAAGACGGCUUCGAUAAAAACAAGGUGCUGUGCCUGGUGUGUUCGGAAAAUAUCCAUUAUCCUCAGAACACCAGCAACUUGCUCCGGCAUUUACGGAAAAAGCACCCGGGUGAAUACGGUGACAUCGAAGGCUGUCUGAAGGAGCGUUCCGGAGAGAGGGCCAGAGCGUUGGCGGGGCGGGCCCCGCACAACAGCGUCGCCGACAACGAGGAAGUAAUCCAAGUGUCCAUCAUAACGGGUGAGCCGGAAGAGCAGGAGCGGAUAAGCAGCGAGGAGGCGAGCCGGGCCGUCUCCGACAUCGUGGAGGAGGCCUUCUCGCUGUCGGUGCAGCCCAGCAAGAAGCGCAGCGCGGUGUGGAGCUACUACGAGCGCGGCGAGGACGCCAACAAGGUGCUGUGCCUGCUCUGCUCGGAGAACAUCCACUACCGGCAGAACACCAGCAACCUGCUCCGGCACCUGCGCAAAAAGCACCCGGAGAAGAACGUGGACAUGAAGAGGAGGGGGCCGUCGGCGGGGGGGCCGCGAGCGGCGGCGGCGGACCGCGCCUUCCCUCAGCACGCUUUGCCGAGCGACUACAGGAGCCUGGGAGCGUGCCCGCCAGGCUUCGUGGCGCCAAUAACGCUGGAGGAGUCGGAGCGGAUGAGGAGGACCCUGGAGCAGUCCGAGCAGAUGAGGAGGACCCUGGAGCAGGAGACGCGGGCCCUGGAGCGGGAGAGGGAGCUGACCGAGCAGCUCCGCCGGGCCCAGCAGCAGGAGGCCAGGGCCCUGGAGCAGCAGCGGGAGCUGACGGAGCACCUCCGGAGGGCCCAGGAGGAGGAGAUGAAGAGGGUGCGGGAGCUGGAGGCGCGCGCCCUGGAGCAGGAGCGCCAGGCCGUGGAGCGGCUGAGGAGGACCCAGGAGCAGGAGGCCAUGGCCAUCGAGCGCGAGAGGGAGGCCCUGGAGCAGCUGAGGAGGGAGCUGGAGGAGGACCGCAAGGCCCUGCAGAGGGACUGGGACGCCGCGCGGCAGGGCAGGGUCCCCAUGGUCGGGGGGGAGAUCAGACAGGAGAACCAGGCCCUCCCGGGGAUGGAGGGCGGGGAGGUGGAGAUGCUGGUGGUGACAACGUGAAGAGAGGAAUGAUGGGAGGAAAUACAGGAAACGGCGAGCUGGGAUACAGGACCUGAGAAAACGUCAGGGUGAAUGGACUGAAUGAACCUUGAGCACCCAGCUAACCUGCUGUCGCACUGGACCCACGUACAGCGCCACAGAACUUCCUCUGGACCCGGUCCGCCUGCCGUCGCGUCCGGCUCGUUCGCCAUCGAUCGAUGGCCACCUGCCAGCGAUUCACGGACUAACCUACUUGCCGCCGAAGCUGUACAGCUUUGUGCAGAACCCGCACAGACCACUGUAGCAUCGGCCUACUCUUAGACAGCCUGCCACUGGGCAAACAGUCCUGAGAAGUGGCGAAAGCCACAGAAUUUUGCAUAGUUUUGUUGGAUGCCCGAUGUGUAUAAAAAGCUUCUGACAUUGGUGAUUUCCUUUUCUGAAAAAUAAAUACCCUCUGUGAUUUGAGCCCCAUGAUUAAUUUUUUGUCAUUGUGUUUCUUUUGAAUUGAUAAAGGAAAGAAACUGAG